UAUUCAGAUGAAUGUCAAAAAAUUAAUUUCGAAUAAAUUUAAAUUUUUGUCCUCUGUGCAUUGUGCUUGCUUAUUAGUUAUCUAAAUUUAUAUUUUAUAACUUCUAUUAGUAAAAAUUUUUAAUUUGGCAAACGCAUAAGAGUUUGCAUAAAGUGGUCAACAUGUGCGAUCAGGGGCUUUGUGACAUUCCCGGGGAUUGUUUAGCAAAUGCCCCAACUAACUGUGGGCUAGACGCUGGAAUGAGUUGCCCAACUGGCUGUCAAUUACCAUGUGAUCCAUGUUCAUUACCUCCGCAAUAUGUACCAUGUUCACCAGGUGCACAAUGUAAUCUUCCUUGUGAUUGUGGUGAUUACUCCAGCUGUUGCUAUCAGCAACCACCACGCACCCUACCAAUACGUCCUGUUGCCACUAUAAUGCGCUCAACGGCUCCAUUAGAAACAGAAACGAUUUAUAAGCGCUCUUAUUAUGGUAAUUGUGGCGAUUGUUUCAGGGCUAAGCCGGUAUUGCCUUGUCACAACUUACAACCCAAUAAAGCCCCUAUGGAAAGAUGCACAGUGCAAAAACUUUCAUACAUGCCACCUUGUGCAUAUAUGCGUUCUGCACCAAUUCGACCCAAAGAUAAUGGAAUGCGCUUUAACGGACCACUUUAUGCAAUGACUUCACAGAAACAUGAUUACGUAGCCAAAUGCUAUAGUAAACGAGACCCUAUUCGCCCAAGAGGAAACGGAUGGAAAGUUUGUGCUCCUUUAGAAAGUUGCACUAUUAAUCGGCUCUCCUACAUGCCAAAUGAUGUAUGUCGGAAUCCACCACCACAGCCGAUAAAACAACCUAAUAAUUUUAAUCCUUUUACUGGUGCGGUCGAAAAUUGCACAGUGCAGAAACUGAGUUAUAUGCCAGUUUGUAUACCACCGAAAGACCCAAUGCCAUGGGCUGACAAAAUUCGUUGUAUUCCACCUAAGUACGAGAACUUAUGCACCACCUAUAACUUGAGUUAUAUGCCAAAUUGUAAUCCUUCACGGAUGGCACCCAUACGCCCAUUACCGGGCUUAAAAUGUUUGGGUAAUGAUAGCGGUGAUUGCAAUACAGUUUAUAAGCUUAGUUAUAUGCCGGUGGGUGGUUGUCGACCAACCCCAAUACUGCCAAUACCAGCCUUACAGUUACCAACUGGAAAAAUGGAACAAUGUACAGUACAAAAGUUAUCAUAUCAACCUAAUUAUUGUUUGGGACGCGUUCAACCUAUACGACCUAGAGAAAAUUGUAUUAAGCCCUCAGGACCUAUAUUUGGAAUUACUACACAGAAACAUGAUUUCGGCCCUAAGCCGUUAUGUCGACGCACUCCCAUUAGACCACGAUCACUGAUAUGUCGUUCUACUGGUGGUAUGGAAAAAUGUACUAUAAAUCGCUUAUCCUACAUGCCAGUGUGCGACUUUACUCGUCCACUUCCAAUCAAACCAAUACCAGGUGUCGUUAGUAAUAAGGAACCACCAGAGAAGUGUACCACUUAUAAAUUGAGUUAUAUGCCAAACUGUGUAUUACCAAAAGAUCCCAUGCCUUGGGCAGAGAAGGCGCCGUAUAUUAAACCAUGCAUACCCAUGGAGAAAUGCACAAUACAAAAGCUGAGCUAUGGCCCACCAGGAACUUUCUCUCGUUGUGGUGGCGUUUGUCCACAAAGCGAUUCGUCGCCUUGUUACCCAAAAGCAGCAAUCUGUUAAAGGAACCUAUUUGUAUCAAAUGUUCAAUUUGUUCACCUCUAAUUUUUUUAUGUGUAAAAUUUUAAAACAAUUAUUAAUGUUGAAUUGAGCCAAAAG